AAAGAAAAAACCGUUCAAUCAAUGCGAGAGAAGCCAGUGAGUGUGAAUUAGUCGGCAUGGCAGCCAACAUUGAGAUUCCCGAACUGUAUAAGCCAUCGUCCGUGGUUCAGGAUAUGAGAGGUAAAAAUCAGGAUCUGUCCCUUACGGAAAUCCUGUUCACACUUCGGAAUUCCGUUGGGGGCGGCCGGGAGAUUCCUACCCAAUUUGACAUGCCUCCUUGGCGGGUGCCCAAGGAUCUGUGUCCUAAGGCUGGAAUCAUCAACGAAAUCUUGAGCAACAGCAUGAAGAUACAAUCCUCACGGAUCCCCAAGAGUGGCGACUUUGAGGAAUUCAUUCUCUCCAAUUCUAGCAUGGCUGUGUGUGGUUUGUUGAAGUUCUAUCUCGCGCAAAUCCUCAAUGAAGAUGUGAUCAGUAUUGUGUUUGGGGUGUUGCUUUGGGACCCCAAUGCACGUCAGGGCGUAAAUGACUACGAGGGAACACCCUAUCUUUGGAUGGAGAUUGCUGGCCAACCCAUUGAUAAUACGUAUGUGGAAAUCCCAAAUAGUGAAACCAAUCUUGAAUAUUUUUAUAAAUCUAAACAAAUCAUUUCUUAUGCCAAGGAGGAUCCAUUCAAAACCAAAUUGAGACUCUAUCUUGGCCAAGAAGAUGGUCUGCCUGAAACGGUCAAGCAUAACUUCAAGAUAUUCCGGGAGUACGGCAAUGACGUUCACAUUGAAAAGUUCGUGAUAUUUGCAUUCGAGUGCUCCGAUUUAAAUCCUUGCGUUAGGAUGUACGAUAUCCUGAUGAGAGAGUAUUUUAAAAACCAUUACCAAGUGGAAAUCAACUCCUUGGAACACAAGUGGGAGCGGCAAUGCUGGAAUUGUUUCAAAGUGUGGGAAGACCCGAGUCUUCUUAAAACUUGUGUGAAGUGCAAGCGCGCCAAAUAUUGUGGUCAAUCAUGUCAACAGAGUGAAUGGAAGAUGCACAAAUUGCUCCACAAGGAGCUGGAGCUCGCCCGAGAGAUUCUAACCAAAGAUGAGGAUGACAACUAACAUGUGUACGACGCACGUGUUCUCUCAUGAAAAUGUGUCCGGCGUUUAUUCAUUUCUGUUUCAUUCAUUAAACAUUGACUAGGGUA